GCACAUCAGUCGCAGUCAGUCGUAGUAAUACGAAGUUUAUUUUUAUGUUCUUGUAUUUGUAGCAUAAUACGUAUUAAAUUAAAUCAAAUAAUCAGUUUUCGUGAGUGUAAACAUAUAAAUUGCGCUACUCGUUCAAAGUAAUUAAAAUUACAGAUACAUACAAAAUUGUUAUCUAAAUUUCAAUUAAACAAUAUUGUGCUUAAAGUGGUCGAGUUAUAUUUCUUAUCAUUCCGUAAUAAGCAUAUUUAUUAUAAUUUCCUAAUUGCAAUGGAUAUUUUAAAAGCUGAAAUAGCUAAAAAGCGAAAAUUACUAGAAGAAAAAAAUAUUCUUGAUCCAAACAAGAACAAAAAAUAUUUUAAAAGAGGUGAUCUAUUAGCUAAGGAACAAGAGGAAUACUUUAAAAAGUAUGGACCAUGUAAAACUGAGGAUGUGGAUAGCAAUAAUAAGGUGGAGCAAUCUGAAAGAGCUACUAAACAAGAGAAAUCAGAAGUAGAACAAACAGAAGUUGUAUCAUUACCAAGAUCUGAAGUAAUCAAAAGAUUGAGAGAACGAGGCCAUCCCAUUUUAUUGUAUGGAGAAAAUGAAGUUCAAUCAUUUAGGAGAUUAAGAAGGAUAGAAAUCCAGGAACCUGAGGCAAACAGAGGUUUUAGAAAUGACUUCCAGGAAGCUAUGGAAGAAGUAGAUCAAGCUUAUUUAAAUGAAAUAUUAGCACUUGGAACACAGACUGACACUGAAAAGUCUUUGAAAGAAGAUGCUUUAGAUGACUCCAUCACAUAUGAAUUUAUUCAAGAAAUGGCCAAAACAAUGGGUCAAGGUGACAGAAAUCAUGAUAUGAAUGUAAUUAUGACUCUUUUACAGUUCCUCCUUAAACUAUGGGGUCAACAACUAAAUUCUGCAACUGCAGCUGAAAAAACGGCAAUAAAACAUAAAAUGACAAGAGCAACAUUCACGCAAACACAAGUUUAUCUUAAACCUCUAAUGAGGAAAUUGAAGAAGAAAAAUUUGCCAGAGGAUAUUUGUGAUAGUCUUAUGGAAAUUACAAAACAUUUAUUAGAAAGAAAUUAUAUUAUGGCUAGCGAUGCAUAUCUACAGAUGGCAAUAGGCAAUGCCCCAUGGCCCAUUGGUGUAACUAUGGUGGGUAUUCAUGCUCGUACUGGACGUGAAAAGAUUUUUUCCAAAAAUGUAGCUCAUGUAAUGAAUGACGAAACUCAAAGAAAAUACAUUCAAGCUCUAAAAAGAUUGAUGACAAAAUGUCAAGAAUACUUCCCAACAGAUCCAUCUAGAUGUGUGGAAUAUAGUACAACAGGAUAAUAUAAUAUAUACAUUCAA